CAACCUCUCUAUAGGAGGUGCUGCUGAACCCCUUGGCUACCAACGUUGUUGACGUCAUCAAUGAUUUGACGUCACAUGAUUAUUACUGUAGAGUUUAUGGAACCGCUUGGACAUAGAAAUUUGCCACUCUUCCGAGAGCCAAUCUAUAUACGACGUUCUGAAAUGGAUUGGAGAGUUAUUUGGGGUAUCAUGAUGGGCCAGGACCCUGGUUCGGAAUUCGUCUCUCCUUACACCGCAUCCUUAAUCUUCUUCUUCAUAACCAUGGCAACGGGUGCGUUUCUACGCACCCUCAACACGAUUAUGAGCCCACCAUGGCUUCAAGAAUACAUAGCUGAUUUCGUCACCACUGCAGAAGCGUGUGCAUACGUCUUUGAAAAGAGCUUUGUCUAUAAAUAUUAUGGAUCAUUUUGGUUCGUCAUCGUCAUCAUAUGCCAGUUAUACGUCUUCACUCGUACUUUUGGAAAUGCUUCAUAUAACCCAGUGAAAGCUAUCACUCAGUUAGUAAACGCAGAAAUAACACCAGCAAAAGCUGCGUUGAAAAUAGUUAUUCAGGCAUUAGCAGGACUUGCAUCCUACAGAUUCGCCAAGGCAGUGUGGGCUCUCGACCUAAUCUCAGAUCAUCACGAGAGAUACUACGAGACUACGUGUGCGUCUGAAUUGAAUGUCGGGCCCCUUGUGGGAUGUGGGAUCGAGAUGGCAGCCUCCUUGUCAGACACAUGGCUGGGUAUGCAGCGCGUCUCCAAAGUAUCAUUAUUGGACGAAUUCGUUAAAUACACAAACGGAGCCCUCAUGAUAACCGUAGGACUGGACACCACAGGAAUGUAUUUCAAUCCAGCCUCGGCUUUUGGUCAUACAUUCGGUUGCGAAGGAACGGCCGCAUGGGAACAUUUUGUUGUUUAUUGGAUUGGACCAUUUUUAGGAUGCUAUGCGGCCAUCCAGUUGGAUAAAAUUAUUCACAUAGACGUCUUUAGUACUGAAGAAGCAGAAGUCAAGAAGACGCAGUAACUGUUUCCUAAUAGACAUGUAGCUCCCAGACGGUGGUGAACAUUUCUUGCCAAGGAUAUGGGUGCAUCGGAGAAAUGCACGUUGUAGCCAUAAUGGUGGUUUACAAUCGACUAGAAUGCGUAUACAACCUAACACUGAUUGUGAAAGAUGACAAAGUUAUGGUGCUACAGCUUUGAACUGAUGAAACUCGUUCUCAAUAAUUUUCUGCUUUCAACAAUUGUUACUGCCACAAGUGUCAUCCUAUUACAUUCCAUUCCCCCAUACCUUUGUUAUUUAAUUAGCUUAUAUAUAUUUAUAUAAAACAUUGUUCUAGUUUAUGCAUUUUAUCUACCCGUAUUUAAUCUAAGUUGUGAGGGAUUGAUAAUGUCACUAAUAUUUAUUUCAGUUUCGUUGUUUCCCAGUUGUGGAAAGUUUUAUUAUAAAUUAUGUUGAAGGUA